UUUGGUUCAAAAUCGCUUUGGAAAAGGAAUUUUUAACUUUUUUAAGUUCUUCGUGCUAAAGAUAAUGGUGGUAAGAGCUAAUUAAUAUCAUUUGCAACUCCCGCCUUCGUUUCCGUUGGGAAAGUGGGCCAGGAAAGUGCAAAAAACUUGAAGCGCAAAAAAAACCUCGGAGGUAUAGUCUUUUUCGAGGGCAGCUAUAGCCUUUUGAUCGCACCGGCUAUACCUUCAGAGUAGCUUGCAAAGGUCAAGGAAGCUGUAGCCUUACUGGAGUAAAUCGUUAAGCAGAAGAGGAAGACGAUUGCGAGAUGCCGGGAGAGUUUCAUGAAGAUAUUUCCGUGUCCAGCACUGCAAAAAGACUUGCAAAGAGAAAUCUUUCAGGCCCGCGGCGCCGCCAAACUUUGGAAAGUUUUCGCAAAUCUUCUAUAGACGAUGGUGCCGUAACCGCAGCAUUACUUUCUGUAUCCAACUCGUUCGAGGCCCACAGUGCAGAGACCAGCGUAAAUAAAUCAUCACAUCAAACCCUCACCGAUGAAGAAGAAACAUCAGACAACGAGGUGGAAAUUACAGAGGAUAGCGAGAAUGAGCAGCAGGAUUUGGUGCGUCAUAUCCGGCAGCCUACACUAGUCAUUACAAGACGGCAGCGAACGCCUUCCUUGAAUGGAAUUGAUACCAUUCCUUUCGUCGCAGAGCGUAUUCCAACACCACCCAGGCCACCCGUGAACGAUGUGGAGAACGGAAACACUUUCAUGUCGCUGGUCAUAGUGGUCGCUGUCUUGCUCAUUAUUGUUGCAGGAUUGUUCUCCGGUGGAAGCGCCAAGAAAAAAGCAGCAGAACCGUCGUGCAUUCAUUUUGAUAUCCUGGAAUCUAGUUACCACUCGAUCGACAGUACACUUUGGGAUUCGCUGGAUUGCAGUGUACGGCAGGCGACGCACACCACGGCACGACCAAAACCGGGAACAUUUCUAUUUAUGCACAAUGGCGCACCGGCCGUUGUGAGCCGGUUCCUGGAGAAUGUAACGAAAAUUACGAGCGAUUGCUUCGGUGGCACAGCACCGAUCGUGCUCGGGAGUGAGCGCUUCAAGCAGCCGGAUAUUGCGAGCGACUUUGGUGUGUUCGUGGCCGAGUAUGCACAGGCUUUGCGGGAACGCAGCGUGAUGGUUGUGCGGAACUUGGAGGAUAUCCCACCAAAAGCAGCACAGGCUUUCCACAGUAUUUGUGAUCCCGAGGAACCACUCGUUAGCCGGGCACUAAUCUAUCUCACUAUGGACAUCUCGACGGCACCGAAAGCGCUCAUGGAAUCGACGGGUAGCAGUGAGACGGCCAAAGCUGAGAAGCUGCUGAAGCAGAUGUGGCAAGAUUCGCUUCGGCCCGAGGUACUCGAUCCGUUGAUAACGCGACUCACGGAAAAUGUGUAUCGCAUAGUGUGAUAACUUCCCUUUCGAUGCGGUAUUUCUUAAGGCUGUUAAGCUGGUAUUAAGAAUGUGUGAUUAUCGGUUAUUGGAUCCUUAAAAUGUCACGAUCGGCAGUGAAAUGAAGACAUGAAUUUCAAUUACAAUUUGUUCAAUCAAUGAGAAAUCUCUGUGGAAUAAAAAUCCUACAAAA